AUGUUGUCGACAAAACAUAAUAUUGAUAUGAUUGACACAGGAAAAAAGAACAAAAAAAAAGAAUCGAUAGUUAAGCCUAAGAUAAUUGUCGACUACAACUCCGGAAAAGCGGGAAUUGAUCUAUCAGAUCAACUGUCUAGCUUUAGUACAGCUGUUCGUAAGUCUAUACGUUGGUACCAUAAGGUGGCGACAGAAAUACUGUUUGGAACUGCUAUGGUAAAUGCUUUAAUAGUUUACAAUACAAUUAAUUCUGAUAAAAAAAUGAAGAUAACACAAUUUCGAGAAACAUUAGUUGAUACAAUACUCGGAUUAGACAAUCAAGGAUCACAAGAAGUUCAACAAGCAAGAGUUAACAGCAAACACAUAUUUCAAGAAACAACAAAAAAAUGUGGUAGAAACAGAAAAAUCAGAAAGAGAUGUUUCCACUGCUAUCAAAGUAGAACAGUAAUAGUUAGAUCGAAAAAGGCAUCGAAGAAAGUAAAAAAGAUCUCUACAUUCUGCGCACCAUGUAAAUCUUAUACAUGUAUAAGUUGUUUCAAUCUGCAUCACACAGGCUAA